AUGAAGAUGUUGGUCGACGGCGGGGCCGGCUUGAAUCCGAUUUCUCCCAAGGUGCUCGACAACCUUCAGAUUGCAGAUGAAGAGCUCAAGGUUACUGGUACUUUCCAAGGGAUCAACCCCGACACGAGUCAUCCUAAGGGGAAGAUCACACUCCUGGUAACAUUUGGAGGAGAGUUAAACUACCGAACUGAGAAGGCCAUGUUCGAUGUGGUUGAUCUCCCUCUGCCUUACAAUGGAAUCAUUGGUCAUCCAGCCCUGGCAAAAUUCAUGGCGGCAUCCCACUAUGCCUACAAUACACAAAAAUUGCCAGGGCCGAUGGGUGUCAUUUGCAUUCCAUCGGAAAAGAAGGACGCAAUCAUAUGCGUGGAUAGUAUCGAGAAGCAGUUGCUGCUGAAGCCACGGAAGCUAUCGCUCCCGCCAAGGAAAGGAAAAAGGAAAGAACACUAG